GCUCUCUUCCCCUCUUUCUUCGCUUCGAUGGAUGACGGACACGGAAGAGGCGCGACUCCGAGGCGCUCUUCCUCCUCUUCCUUCUCCGAGAACCACAUCCAUGCCGCCAUGGCCCGCCUCGAGGAGGAGCUCCGUUUCGUACUGGAAAAUUGCUCCAACGACAUCGACGUCGAGUCCCUCGUCGACCUCCGCUCAUUAUCCGCCCGCAGUUCCGUGUCGACGGGUGAUGAAAUUGGCUGUUCCCCCCGCGAUGAAACCGCCGGCGGGAGCGACUUUAAGGCAGAAAGCCCUCCUUCGCUGGCUUCUGCUGCCGCGGCGGAAGAAGCAGUGGGUGCGGCCAGCACUAUCAGGCGGAGCAGCUACCGGUCCACUCGGAACAUCCGCGUGGUCGACCUGCUGCCGCCUGACGCAGUGGAGGACCUCCGGGGUAUCGCGGAGCGGAUGUUCGCCGCCGGGCACGGGUGGGAAUGCGCUCGGGCGUACGGCGCCGCCCGGAAGGAGGUGGUGGAACUGUGCCUGACCCGCCUCGGGGUCGAUCGGCUCGAGAUCGGCGACGUCCAGCGCCUCGAGUGGGAGGUCCUCGAGGCCAACAUCCGGCGGUGGAUCCGUGCCGCCCGCGUCUGCGUCCGAGUCGUCUUCGCCAGCGAGCGCCGCCUCUGCGAGCUCGUCUUCGACGGCCUCACCGACGAUGCCCCCUUCACAGAGGCCGUCAAGAGCGCCGCCCUCCAGCUCUUCGGCUUCGCCGAGGCCGUGAGCACCGGCUGCCGCUCGCCGGAGAAGCUAUUCAAGAUGCUCGACCUCCACGACGCCAUGGCCGACCUCCUCCCCGACAUCGCCGCGCUGUUCCAGUGCUGUCCCUCCUCGAAGCCCAUCUACACCCAGGCCGCUGAAAUCCUCCCCAAGCUCACGGAGGCGAUCCGAGAGAUCAUCUCCGAGUUCGAGACCGCCGUGCUCCUGGAUCCGCCCAAGACCCCAGUCCCCGGCGGCAACUUCCAUCCCCUCACUCGCUACGUGAUGAACUACCUCGGCCUCAUCUCCGACUACGCGCCGGCGCUCGUCGAGCUCAUCGCCACAAGUCCAUCAGCAAGCUCUCAGUUCUCCGACAAUGAACCAGCCGCAGCCGCAGCGGCGCAGAUCGACGUCCCGGAGCCGGAGAAUCAAACUCCCUUGGCCGCACAUCUGACCUGGAUCGUUGCUGCUCUUCACAACAAUCUCGAGAACAAGGCGAAUCUGUACAAGGACAACGCCCUCUCGCAUCUCUUCUUCAUGAACAACCUUCACUACAUCGUCCAAAAGGUAAAGGCUUCCCCGGAGCUCCGCACCAUGAUCGGUGACGAGUACUUGAGAAGGCUGAAUGGGAGAUACCGUCAGCUGGCCACAGGCUACCAGAGAGCUACCUGGGCGAGCAUCCUCCACUGCCUCAGGGACGAAGGUAUUCACGUGGCAGGCAAACUCUCACUCUCGUCGGGAGUGUCCAGGUCGACAGUCAGGGAGAGAUUCAGGGCCUUCAAUGCGGCGUUCGAGGAGGUUCACCGGACGCAGGCGAUGUGGUUUGUCCCGGACGCCCAGCUGAGGGAGGAGCUGCGGAUUUCCAUCUCCGAGAGGUUGGUGCCAGCGUACCGGGGCUUUCUUGGCCGCUACCGACAGCACGUGGAGAACGGGAGGCAUCCGGAGAUGUACAUCAAGUACAGCGUUGAGGAUCUUGAGCUGGCCUUGUCUGAUUUCUUUGAAGGGCCCCCUGCUUCUGCGAACAACAGGAGAAGAUUCCAUUGAAUGACUUCAUGACUUGGAAGAUGAUCUCUUUACUUCUUGCACAUUUCCCACAUGAUAUUGGUGAGAAACAUAGAUGAUUUUUUUUUUCCUUACUUUGGGCAUGUAAUUGCAAGGCUUAUUAUGAUGAUCAUCUCAUAAUACAACACA